CCGACCCUUCAAUUACUUUUUUUUCUCCUAUUGACUGACGAUUGAGUUUUUGUUCCAAUCUAACGGUCCAUCUCACAAUCCCAAAGGAGCGGCGUAGCGUAGGAAGAGAUGAAAGAAAGUAGUAGCCGGAAGCAAGGAGCGGCGUCACCGUGUGCGGCGUGCAAGCUUUUGCGGCGGCGGUGCGCUCAAGAUUGUGUUUUCUCGCCGUAUUUCCCGGCCGAUGAGCCUCAGAAGUUUGCUAAUGUUCAUAGAGUGUUUGGUGCUAGCAACGUCAACAAGAUGCUUCAGGAGCUACCGAUCCACCAGCGUGGAGAUGCGGUGAGCAGCAUGGUUUACGAGGCUAAUGCAAGAGUGAGGGAUCCGGUCUACGGUUGCGUAGGAGCAAUUUCAUCCCUCCAGCAACAAAUCGAUGUGUUGCAAGCUCAGCUAGCUCUAGCUCAAGCCGAAGUAGUGCACCUACGAGUGCGUCACUCUACUAGUUUCCAGGGGCAUGGAUUGUGCCCGGAUAGCCCUAGUAGCAGCGGCUCACCGUCUUCUAAGCAAGUGAGUCCACAGGACAACAAGGGCAUGUUUAGCCAUAUGGACAUAGUUGAUGAAGCCAGUUUGGGAGAGUCUAUGUGGUCUUGCUAAGUCAAAAUAGCUACUCUCUCUCUCUCUCUCUCUCUACUAUCUUUUUAGCUACUGCAUUUUCCUAAUCUUUUUAUGGAAAUUUCGGGAUUAUAUAUAUAUAUAUAUAUUUAAAAGUAGGCUGUAGGAAAAUGAAAAUGCUCUGUUUUGAUUUACAGAGUGAACUUAUUAACAUGAUAUAUAGAUACAUAUAUAAAAAUACUAAAGUAUAUUUAUAUUAUUAUAUCUCUCUCUCUCUCUCUCUCUUUUUAUAUGAGUAUUUGUAAUUUUCUAUUUCGGGGGUUAUUUUGGGAUUUGGUGUACGUGUAGGACUCUGGACCAUGAUCUUCGAGGGUUAUUAUGGUCGUUUCGAACCGAGGAGAGAACUUUGUUAUUGACCCUAAUGUAAAUUUGUUAUUUGUGAAAUACAUAUUUAUCUAUCUCUCUAUAUGUACAA